AUGAGUUGCAGACAGUUCAUGUCCUCCCCGUGGAGCCGCAGCAGCUCUGGGGGCAGCGGGGGCAGCAUGAUGUCCUCCUUCAGCCGCAUGAGCGGCUCGGGAGCUGGUGGAGGAGGGGGCCGGUUCAGCUCUUCCAGUAGCUAUGGAGCCAGGAGCUCUGGGGCCUGUGGGAGGGGAGGUGCUGGCAGUUUUGGCUCCAGCUACGGUGGGAUGUCUGGGGGAGGCUUUAGUGCUGGUAGCUUUGGUGGACGUUCUAGGGGCUUUGGUGGUGGUUCUGGAGGAUGCUUUGGGGGCUCUGGGGGCUUUGGUGGUAGUUCUGGGGGAGGUUUUGGAGGCUUUGGUGGUGGCUCUGGAGGAGGCUUUGGAGGUGGUUCUGGAGGAGGUUUUGGGGGGUUUGGCAGUGGCUUUGACAGUGGUGCCGGUGGUAUUCUGGGUGCUGAUGAGAAGACCGCCAUGCAGGACCUCAAUUCCCGGCUGGCCUCCUACUUGGAUAAAGUGCAGGCACUGGAGAAUGCCAACAAGGAACUGGAGAAUAAGAUCCGGGAAUGGUAUGACAAGCAGGGACCUAGGACCUUCCACAGGGACUACUCGCCCUACUAUGACACUAUCGAAGACCUCAAGAACCAGAUUGUGAACAUCACAGUGAACAGUAAUAAGACUCUCUUGGAUCUUGACAACACUCGCAUGACACUGGAUGACUUCAGGAUGAAGUAUGAGAUGGAGAACAGCCUACGACAAGGAGUGGAUGCUGACAUCAAUGGCUUGCGGAAGGUGCUUGAUGAUCUGACCAUGCAAAAGUCUGACAUGGAGAUGCAGUAUGAAUCUCUGCAGGAGGAAAUGAUGGCCCUCAAGAAGAAUCAUGAGGAGGAGAUGAAUCAGCUGACUGGGCAGAACUCUGGAGAUGUCAGUGUGGAGAUAAAUGCUGCUCCUGGCAAAGAUCUCACCAAGAUCCUCAAUGACAUGCGUGAGGAGUAUGAGCGGAUCAGUGCUAAGAACCGCAAGGACAUUGAAAUGCAAUAUGAGACUCAGAUGAGCCAGAUGGAGCACGAGGUGAUGACCAGUGGCCAGGAGAUGGAGUCCAACCACAAGGAGGUGACCCAGCUCCAGCGCAGCAUUCAGGAGAUGGACAUUGAGCUGCAGUCUCAGCUCAGCAAGAAAUCGGCCCUGGAGAAGUCCUUGGAAGACACCAAAAACCGCUACUGUGGCCAGCUGCAGCAGUUGCAGGGGCAGAUCAGUAACCUGGAGGGCCAGCUCACUGAGAUCCGGCAAGAGAUUGAAUGCCAGAAUCAAGAAUACAGCCUUCUGCUCUGCAUUAAGACACGGCUGGAACAGGAAAUUAAGACCUACCGCAUCCUCCUUGAGGGUGGCCAGGAGGACUUUGAAUCUCAUGAAUCUGGACGAAGCCACUUUGGAGGUGGCAAAAAUAGAUAUCAAGGUGGAAGUGGAGGCAGUCAUGGAAGAGGAUCCUGGGGAGGAAGUGGUGGCAGCUAUGGAGGAGGAAGUGGAGGCAGCUAUGGUGGAGGAAGUAGCUCUGGAGGAGGAAGUAGAGGCAGCUAUGGUGGAGGCAGUAGCUCUGGAGGAGGAAGUGGUAGUGGCUAUGAAGAAGGCAGUGGAUCCAAAGGAAGUGGAAGAUCAUCUCAGUCCCAGUCCUCUUCCUCCAAAUCUGGUGAAUGUGAUGAUAAACAAGGCUACCAGAAUCAAUAUUAG